CAGUUAAGCCGGGACACCCAUUGCUUAGCUUUGGAUCUUAGUGCUGAGAUCUCAACUUGCAGAGUAGGCGGGCCUGUAGGAAUCGCUGUGGGAAGCCCAGAAAGACUUGGAGUAGGCACCGUGUCACCAGGGGUGGCAGUGUGGCACCUGGGAGCCAGACCUGGUUUCACAUUCCUUCCAUUUCUGCUAGAGGCUAGGAAUCGAAACUCAGGAUGUCAGGCUUGUGUGGCCAGCGCCUCUACCUCCUGAGCCAUCUCAAGAAUAACUCAGGUCACGCUGACUGGAAAUCGGUUGACUGACAUCAGUGAAACGGUGGUUCCUGAAUUUGAAGAAAAGAGGUCUCUUGCCUGGACGGAGUAGUUUGGCCCUUCAAGCCCUCUCUGGACAUAUCUUCCCAGCAUCUUCUAACAAAGAUGCGUCAGCUCAAAGGGAAGCCAAAGAAAGAGACGUCCAAGGACAAAAAGGAGCGGAAGCAGGCCAUGCAGGAGGCCCGGCAGCAGAUCACCACUGUGGUGCUGCCUACCUUGGCUGUGGUGGUGCUCCUCAUUGUCGUGUUCGUGUAUGUGGCCACUCGCCCCACCGUCACCGAGUGAGCGCCUCCGUGCCGGCUUUCCUCGACAGAGAUGUCCGCGAUGCCAAGCUCUGAGCAGGAGUGCCCUGUCUCCUCUGGUCUUUGACUUGAUCAAUAUUUCUCUACUUUUUUUGGUGGGGGGAGGGAAUAGGGAACAUUUUAUCAGUGAAUGUGCCAUUUACCUGAUGGUCCACUUCAUGUGCCUUUCAGACUUCAAAGCAGUGUGUGUGUGUGUGCGCGCGUGUGUGUGUGUGUGUGUGUGUGUGUGUGUGUGUGUGUGCACUUGGGGAGCUCACCGCAUCUCUGGGUGAUGCUGCUGGGAUCACAGCCGCCCUCCCUCCCAGCAGCAUGCUUCCUUGCUCCAGGUCACAGCUUUCUAAGGGACAGCCUUUCCUCUCUGUGCUUGAUGGGCUUUGAAAUAUGUCGACUCAAAGUGAAAUAUUUAUUUUUUGAAUAAAGGAGAUAAUAGUCUUCAA